UAUCGCGAGAUUUCAUUUGCUGUUGAGAGCUCCUGCGGAAAAUCUCGUGAGACAUUAAAGAAGUGGACUGGCUCGGCUCGUCUCGGCUAAGCCCUCCUUAAUAUUCAGUCCCUGCAGGAGAUUCUCCUAAAACCUGCAGCGCCGUGACUGAAGCAGCAAGACUCAAGGUUGAGAAGCUCACCUGAAUCAUGGGGAACAUUUUUGGGAAUUUACUGAAGAGCCUGAUAGGAAAAAAGGAGAUGAGGAUUUUGAUGGUGGGGCUCGACGCCGCAGGGAAAACAACAAUCCUUUAUAAGCUUAAACUUGGAGAGAUAGUCACCACGAUCCCUACCAUCGGAUUCAAUGUGGAGACGGUGGAGUACAAGAACAUCAGCUUCACCGUGUGGGAUGUGGGCGGACAGGAUAAGAUCCGACCCCUCUGGAGGCACUACUUUCAAAACACGCAGGGUCUAAUCUUUGUGGUGGACAGUAAUGACAGAGAACGAGUGAACGAAGCUCGAGAGGAGCUGAUGAGGAUGCUAGCUGAGGAUGAGCUGAGAGACGCGGUGCUUCUUGUGUUUGCUAACAAACAGGAUUUACCAAACGCCAUGAACGCAGCUGAGAUCACGGACAAGCUGGGCUUACACUCCCUCCGCCACCGCAACUGGUACAUCCAGGCCACCUGUGCCACCAGUGGCGACGGCCUCUACGAGGGCCUUGAUUGGCUGGCCAAUCAGCUCAAAAACAAAAAAUAGAAGUGAGACUGGGGAAAAAGCAGCCAGCAGCAAACCCGAUCCAACUUUUCCUGUUCCUGAGGAUGGAGGGUGUUAGGUUGGUUUUGAUUGAUGGGUACGAAGCAAGAUUCAGAGUCAGGAGAUUUAUCUUUUUUAUUUGCUUUGUUCUAGAUAGUUUUCAGUGGUUAUUUAAUAAAUACACACACACACACACACACACACACACACACACACACACACACACACACACACACACACACACACACACACACACACACACACACACACACACACACACACACACACACACACACACACACAGCAGACACUUGUUUUUUCUAAUGCCCACUUCUUGUUGUUGGAUCCAUCCUACCAUUUACUCCUGGUGAAGUGCUGACUCAUGUGUUACUCCGCUGAGUCAGCACUCAGUCAAAUAGGUCUUUUAUGUUUUUUACCUACACAUCGUUCACCCAGAAACAGUCCAGCUGUCGUUUAUGAUCGUUUUUAUCUUCUAUUGAAGUCUUUCCUUUCUUGCAGGGCAACAGAGCCAUGACUUAGAACAAAUGAAAUCAAACAAGAGCUGCUUCUAAAAUGUUGCUCUUCCUUCUCUGUUUUGAGCAAUACUGAGCACCUUAACCAUCAGAUCUAGUGCUUGGAUUCACGUCGGCGUGCGUGCUUCCUUCUUGUGUUCGUGCAAGCAGCCCUGGUGUUAGUCAUCACACUUAAGAAUCCUUGUCUCACUGACGCGUUUUAGGAAAUCCUUUGAUAUCUGUGCUGCGUUUCUACUGCGCUGUGGCAACCUGAAGCCGCCCUUUUUAAAUAUUUAAAGCGCACAACAUGUUCUCGGUUGCCCCACCUGCAGACUUCCUGUUGGCAUCAUGCACACUUCUCCAUACGUAAGAGUGGCUGUACUGUCCCUUACAAGGAGCAUAAUCAAAUUAUCAGCUUAAAUGUGACAACAGUAUAAAAGUUAAUGUAUUUAAAAUCCUGCUGCUGCUUGUUACCCUUGUUGUCUGACUGGAUCAGGUUUCUCUCUUUGUUCUGUUUAACCAAUUGCAUUGAUUUUGUCACUGAAAACUGUUUACUGAACAUGGAUAUUGUGGAAGCAUCUUUCAAAUAGCUGUAUUUGUGUUUAUUUUACACGCUUUUUGCAUCAUCUUUGUGAAUUGUGCGAGUAUUUCUGUGAAGGAGAGCAGGGUACGAGCAGAUCAACUCUUUUUUCGAACUUCAGCUGAACGACUGCACCAAGGCUGAAACCAGCAGAAUCCACAAGCUCUGAUCUGAAUAAAUCGUUCCCUCCUCGUGCCAUCCGUGGGUACCUCUACUCUUACACAAGCAACAGUAUCACAAGCUGCACGUCCACUCUACCAACCUACCAGUAUCAUAUCCAGCAUUUACUGUGUGUGUAGGUCUUCGUUUGUUUGGUUUAUGUGGCCUUAUAUCUAGCCAUGAUCUCCUCUCAGCUGGUUUGUUUGAAUUUUAAUCACAUAUAUUUAUCUAUAAAGAAAAUAUUUGCAGAUGUUUUUUCUCUCUCUGCCAGAAAAGGCAGGUUUUGCACCAACAUGUCUGAACUGUAGUCACAGAGUAUCCUUAGUUCUUCUGGUGUAACUGGAUUGAUAUUCGGUGGUAGUUUUCUCCUCUUAGGGGUUUAAAGGUCGUGUCUGUAAAACAAUGAUAAUCAGUGUGAAAAAAAUAUUCCUAAUGAUUCAUUCUGUACCGUUAUAGUUACACUAGUAGAUUUAUAAAACAAGUGAUGAUCAUGUUUCGAUGCUGAAUGCGUGCAGACAUCUGUGUGUGGUGUAAGACGAGAUCCUGCCGUAUUACAAAUAAAUUCAUUUUCUGUA